UGCAUUAUAAAGCAUGAUGAUUGCAAAGCACCAUGCGCGGCACCAUGACACAAGGCUUUGAGAACCGAUGAAGAGCGUGCGGGAAACAACGCUCCGGCUCUUCAUGAGCCUACGUGAGUAUUCUUUCUUCCCCCAUGCUAUGCAUGAGAAUGUCUCAAAUAGCUGAAUAUAAAUUUACUACGUGGUUCCCUCAGCACACCGCUCUCACAAUUUCCCCUUUCUGGUCUAUAAAAUCUUUGUUUCCCUCUUAUACUCUUCCGAGGGAAUGGCUAACCAGCAACGCAGGAUGGCUCCAAGCUUAGAAAACGAACUUUCCGAAGAGGACAAGAAAUGUAGAAAACAUCACAACACCCUCAUCCAACUCUUCAAGGAGAAGACAGAGCCUUAUAAAGCAGCGUGUACCGCCUUCAUCAGCGCCCUCGCAGACCCGGAGCUCGAUCGCCUUGUGGGAAGGACGUGGAGUGAAGGCCUCAGUCGCCCAGUCCGAGAGAAAAUCAGAUUGCUCGUGGACUGCUCCAUGGACACCCCAGAUCUGGGCGCACUCUGGCCAGCGAACGGGUACCUCGAAAAUUACUCUAUCGAAGACAUUAGCGAACAGACCGGAGAAAUAUAUGUGUGCGCGGAUGUCUCGAGACAAAAUCGGGCGCAGGUGUUGGAGCUCAUGUUUGAGGAUUACAUCGCGGAGGAUAAAAGGGACAGGGAGGCCUGUAAGCGUCGUUGAGGCUGGACUAGGGCUUUGAGAUUAUGCUUUCGAUAUGCAGUCAAGAGAAGGCGCGAUGAAGAGAGAAAGUGGACGGCAUCUGCUACGAACAACAUGAUGAAGAGGACAACUAUGAGUCACGCAUCGAAUGCAUCGUCUGCACAUGCUCAUUGUUAGAUUGAUGACAUGGCCUUUUAGAAGGCGCCUUGUAUGCACCGUUAGCCGUUCAUCUGUCUUUCCUGGUCACUGAGCAGAACAGUUCUCUGCGCUUCACUCCG